AUGAGUAAGAACUCAGCGGUGGUUAACGUGGAGACGUGGAUCUCUGAGAACAAGAAUGCCUUCCUUCCUCCGGUCUGCAACAAACUCAUGUGAGUCAGUUUACUGAAAAAUCAGAAAAAAAGACAUCAGAGGAAACUCUAUGAUAUCUGUGUGCAGCUACAACAUGAAAGAAUAACGGUUAUAUGAUGUAAUGAACUAUCACUUUUAUGCUGAUGUAUCAAGUGAAUCUGAAAACAGAUACUUCUCCCUCUUAGGCACUUUUGCCAGCUGAACAUCAUGUUUGUUGGGGGUCCAAACACAAGGAAGGAUUAUCACAUUGAAGAGGGGGAGGAGGUCAGAAAGUGUUCUGUAUAAAGUCUCACAUACUCUUAUCAAUUCCUGAUAUUAUUUAACCCUGCAACUUCUGGUUUGCUCUAAUUCCAAGGAGUAAUGGUAAUUAAAUUGAAUAUUGAUACCUUUAUUGUCUUUGCACAUUGCAUAAUAAAAUUUCUUGCCUCUCACUGAAAGAAAGGGUCUUUAAAGCCGUCUUUGUUCCUAACUGGAACAAACUGUAGAGCAGCAACAAUCUGUCAAAUAAUUCCUUCUUCCUGCCUCCUGCUGCAGUUAACAUGCUGAGCUGCUAGGAUUUUACAUGUUAAGGAUGACAGGUGCUCAUGUGACUGACACAUGUAGCCUAACUCACGUUAUGCAGUUAGUCAACAGUCAGACCUGAGUUACAUGUUCAUGUCCGUGAUCAUUGUCUGCAUGAGACCAAAGAUUUCUUCAGUCUUCAGUUGCAUCAUGUCUGAAAAACACUUGUUUUAUCAGUACCGCAAAAUCAAGAGCAGUAUGUGCUCUUUUUUAUUAUACAUGAUUUCUGGUCAAACUAAUGACUAUGAUGCAACAUUUUGGCGCUUUUCCAUUGUGAGCAGUGUGCACUGUUUCAGUUUUGGGUCAGAUAUGGUUAAAUUUCUUCUGUGAAUGUGUCUAACACUAUAACCAAUUAUCAGCACCUUCUUGAUGAACACUUGAGUGACUACAUUUUUCUUGUUUUCUCUACUUCGUUAACCACACAACAUAGUGGUAUAAUAUUAAAAUCACUUAAAUCACUCUGAAGUUAUCUAGCAAAGUUGGCAUUAAAAUAGCAAUUUGCCUGUUGGUUUCAAUUAAAUUAAUAUUGGCUUUGUUGAUCCAUUUUGCCGCAUAUAAGACAGCAUGAGGUUACAUAACAAGCUGCCAUGAAGAUUUUGUUUUUAGUCAUUUCUUUUAAUAUCACCUCCUCCUGGCCAUCAGCAUAUAAAGAGAUAACUUCACAGUGCCAAGAGUGUUUAAAUGGAGAGUUCUGCUGCUUCAAUUCUCUCAACAUAAAUUCUCAUAGUUGUUGCCUUGGACACCAUUUAAAAGUAUUAAGAUUUUGAUUCUGCUAAUAGUAGGCUAAGACAUGAUGAUGUAACCUAUGUUGUUGGUUUUAAAACGUUUAAAUGACUUGGCGAGAUGCGCCAUGGUCCUAUUUUCUUGAUUUUCUUCCAAAGUAUUUUUGGUUUAUCUUCCAUUUUACAUUUUUUUUUAUAAACACUAGUAACUAACAGCGCAGCACAACAUUUGUCUGUACAGUCUUUUUGCCACAACUUGAGAAUGUAACUAUAAUAUUAUAUUAUCUAUAUGAUUAUGUUUUUUUGUCAUUUUGUGUUUUAAACAGCUCUUCUACCAGCUACAGGGAGACAUGUGUCUGAAAGUGAUUGAAAAUGGGAAACACAAGGACGUACAUAUCAAGGAGGGAGAGGUGACUUUUACAAUCAUUUUAUUUUUAUGUAUCUAUGUUAGUAUUUAUGUGAAGCUGCCUUACCUUGUUGACACUGCUGUGGAUUAAGUCAGUUUACCUCCUAUCACACAUGCUGUUGUGUGACUGUGUGUUGUUCACAUAGUUUAUCUUCAACAGUCGUAGUUCAUUCAUGUCUCUCUGUUUUACUCAGAUGUUUCUGCUGCCGGCUCGCAUCCCUCACUCUCCCCAAAGACAAGCCAACACUGUGGGUCUGGUGGUUGAGAGGAGACGACUGCUGACUGAAACUGACUGUCUCAGGUGUGAUACUGUUUCUUCUGGUCUUAUCUUCUGUUGUUUUCUUUUUGAGUAAAAAGAACAACAGAGGAUACAUGACAAACAAAAAGUUGUGAUUACUCCAGAGUUUUGAGCACUGAUAUUUUCUUGUAUGAAUUCUGCUGUUUAGCUAUGACACCUUUUGGGUGUGAAGAAAACAGUUUUUGUUCAGUAACAUUAGGUUCUGACUGGUAUUAUCAGUGUGUGUGCCAGUGAGAUUUGAGUUAUCAAUAAGGUAACAGUGCUGUGGAUCAUGGGUUAAUCUGACCAAAAGCCUCACGCUAAAGACUAACAAAACAAUAAGACAGUCUUUGCCCACUCUCUUAAUCAAUCUUUCGCAGUAAAGCUAAAGUCUAAUUUGAGUCCUACAACUCUGGAAACUUUACUCAAUGUUUGUGUCUCAAGGUAUUAUGUGGAGAACAGCACCGGCAUCCUGUUUGAGAGAUGGUUUUACUGUGAGGACCUGGGAACACAGCUGAUACCUAUUAUCAAAGAGUGAGAACAUCAAGCAUACCACUAAUAUAAGGAUAUUAAAAUCAAUCAAUCAGUUUAUGGAUUAAUAAAUAUAUUUAUCAAUGGGUCUGAUCAGGUUGGGGAUUUUUUGUGCUCCUUCUGCAGGUUCAUGGCGUCAGAGCAGUUCAGAACAGGAAAACCUGAUCCAGGUGAGUCCUCCUUCAGCCGGCUAUGAACAAGGACUCUGAACCCUAAACAGUACAGUGUUUGGAUGUGACACGCAAUGUAAAUCUUUAAUCUGAGGAGCUUUGUGCAGUUGCAGUCAAUUUACCCCCUAGAUAUGAUAAAAAAAAUAUAUAUAUAUUUAUUAUUAUUAAUUAUUUAUUUAAUGAUGAUCUUUGGAUGAACAGAUGAGAAGUUCAGAGAGCCUCCAUUCCAGAUGAAUUCCAUGAGGGUGAUGUCUCCGUUCAACUUCAAGCUGUGGUUGGACAAACAGAGACCGACUCUGACCAGCAAGGGGAAGGUCGAAAUGUUUGGAGAUCAGUUUGAGACACAGGUAACAGGGAGCAGUUUUUUCAGAGAGCUUCUUAAACCACAAAUACUCGGUUGAAAGUAGUAAAAAAUAUGGAACACUCCCAAACUAGUUAAUUAUAUCGCUGUUAUCUGGUGGAUAAAACUCACAAAGGAGGGGACAUUAAAUUUGAUACUUUACUAUUUUAGAGCACUAUUUACGAGUCUUAGCUGUUGCUUCUGUUGUUUUAACAUUUUCUUUGUAAAUUUUAGCUGCAGAAAAAAGCCCGAAGAGGAGUGCAAAUCCUCUGCAGUAAAAACCGUGUUAAAUGUUAUAGUUGCAAAAGUGCACCUGAUGAGUUAGCAGGGACACAGUAAGAGUAAUGUUGAUAAAUGAUAACUUGUGUAUUUUAACAGGUGAUUGUGUUCGGUCCUGGACACACUGGGAAGUCAGUGCAGCAGAGUGAUGUGUGGAUCUGGCAGAUGGUUCGUAAACUUGUUCUUUAGUUUUCCUCUCAUGCUCUCAGAGCUGUUUCUUGCCUUUUUUCUCUUUCUCUAAUACAGUUAUUUUUCUCUGUGUGUCUUUGUCUCCUAAGGAGGGAAACUCUACAGUGACCAUGAACCAGCAGCAGCUGAAACUCUCUGCUGGAGACAGUUUACUUAUACCUGAUAACCAACAGUGAGUCAAUGUAAAAAUCAUGACUAUCUCUAUGAGACUGUGAGAAAGUGAGAUGUUUUAAAUAGUUUGAGUUAAUAGAGUUCCUCCAAUCAAGGAAUUGAAAGACAAAGAUAUCUUUCCAUUGGCUAAAGUUUUAAAACCUAGUCAGUGACUGUCAAGCUGUAUUGAUUUGCUACAUGUGGACAAUCUGCUGGACAACCUGCUGUACCUGAGGGCACCGUGAUGAAACACUAUAAACAUUUUUUCUGCUUUAUAUGUUGUGUGAAAAUAGUCACUUCAGUGCAAAGAGCGUAAAUGCAGACACUGAUACACGUCUGUGAAGAAGGGAGGGGAAAAUUGUAGGGAUAAUAGAUUUGUUGGGCUAUUUAUUGAAGCAAUGUCUGUCAGCUCUGAAUGAUGUGAUUUAGACUUGUUCCUUACAGGUAAAAUGUCCUUGUCUUUUUCAGGUAUGAGUGGCAGAGGGAGGAAGGGACUGUUGCUCUCUUUGUGGUUCAGAACCCUGAGAGGAAGAGACCCUGAACAUUACACAUUUAAUAUGCAGUGCCCUGUAGAAAUGCAGAGAUUUAAUGAACAAACAGCAUGUACUAAUUCAGAUGAUGUUAGCUGCAAGAUACAAGAUACACGGCUGGAAACCAGCGGUAAUUAUAGUCGUUUAAAGACGAUUGAUAGUUCUCACUACACAGUGAUGCAGCAAAUGUAUGAUGAUCCAUCAGACCAUCAUGCAUUGCUGCAGGCUAAACCAUCAAAAUGCAUAAAAAUGAAAUAAUUUCAGCCAGAUAUUUAAAAAAGUAAAACCCAGUAUUCAAAAUAAUCUAGCAGGAAUAUUCCACAGGUUACAAACCUUAUAGUUACGCAUUUUACAUUAUUUUACUAAUGUUUAGUUUUACUGAUAAAACAUGUGGGAUGAGAGACUUUUCAUCAUACUUUCAUGGCAGUAAAGGAUGAAAAUAUAUUUGAACAAAGUAUUAUAAUACACAGUAUUAUAUUUGUGUUUAAGCAGGUGUACUAUAACUUCAUUACUCACUGGUAGUGUUGUAAAAUACCGGUUCAUUUAUCAUGCUAGCAUUAAUCAACAAAUUGAAACUGUAAACUGCAUUGAUGAAUGUGCUCUGAGAUAAAAUUAUGAGUUCUGAUCAUUUUUUAAAAUAAACACGACCACUCUCAAUGUUUGAUCAUGCCAUUGUUUUUUUUUUUUUUUAAACCUCCUUGUUUUAGCCCCCAAUAUGUUUCAAAACCAAUUGUAAGAUCUCACAGCUGUCAUUUUUCUCUUUGUGCUACUUAUCUGACUGAUUACAUAUGAUCCGGUGAGCAGCAAUAGAUAUUCAGGUCUCUGAGGAAUUUCUUGGUAUUGGACAUGCCCCUCCAUAUCAGCAUAGAAAGUGUAAACUUCUCGCUGGGCACCUUGGAGAGAGAGGGGAGGACAUGAAGCACAUGGUCGGGCUGGACUUGAACCUGCAAUUGCUGCAGGGACUGUGGCCCACAUACAUAGGGCAUGCUAACCCACUCGGCCAUCCGUGCACCCCUGAAUUGACUAUUUUUGAUGAUCCUCUGCUGUAAUCUCUUUUGUUUGAGCAUCUUUCCUCACCUCACUUUUUCCUUCUAGUUAAAUAUCAGCUAAUAUGCUUCAACACAGCACACAGCACUCUAUGAAUGAACCUUCUCACCCAUGACCUUCAAUAGCUUUUAAGCGUUGUGGAGAUUGUCCAUGAUCAUCCUCUGGACAGCUGUCAAGUCAGCCAUCUUCCUCAUGACUGUUGUUACAUGUUCUGAGGAACCACUACUACUACUACUACUAAGGGCUCAUUGUUUGACAUUACUAUGAAACAAAGAUGAAAUCAAGGCCAAAUAGUCCAGCUCUAGUGGCGCCUGUGAUUUCAAUAAGCAUUUCAGGUGGUAUAAUCAUGGAUAAAGAGAUAUUAGGUCCACUUUCAGUUAAAUUGAUCCAGUAGAUCACAGAACCAGAGGAGAUUGACCAUCAAAAUCCAGCUGUAGAGCUCCACCUCCUCAGCCUACUCCUACUCCUGCUUUUGGACUUUGAAUCACAGAGAGAUUUAAAUGUUGACCGGAGUAGCAGGUUGAUAACAGAGGAUUCACAAACUGCAACAAAAUGUGUCAGAACUCGGCUGUGAUUAACGUGGAGUCGUGGAUCACCCAGAACAGCAAUGCCUUCCUACCUCCGGUCUGCAACAAACUCAUGUGAGUCAGUUUAUUGGGAAAUCAAACAAAGACAUCAGAGAAGACUCUCUGUGACUUCCUGUGUGCAGCUACGACAUAAAGAAAUUAUGAUGUAAAGAAUUAUCAUUUUUAUGCUGAUGUAUCAAAUGAAUCUGAAUAUAAAUAUUUAUACCUCACAGGCUCUUUUGCCAGCUGAACAUCAUGUUUGUUGGGGGUCCGAACACAAGGAAGGAUUAUCACAUCGAAGAGGGAGAGGAGGUCAGAAAGAGCUCUGUAUAAAGUCUCACAUACUCUUUACAAUUCCUGAUAUUAUUUAUCCCCACAGCUCCUUGUUUGCACUUAGUUCAAAGAGUAACAACAUAGUUAACUCUUUUUUCUUUCAGUUUCCACAGCCCGAGUACUAAAGUCUUUCUAACAGGAGCAAACCUCACAGAGUGGCAACAAUUUGUCAAAUAAUUUAUUUUAUCUACCUCCUGUUUGGUUAGCAUGAAGAGAUGUAUGUUCUUUUUUAUGUUACAAAAUGUCUGGCCAAAACCUGUCUCAAUGCAAGAUUUUGGAGCCUUUCCAUUUCCAAACGACUUUGCACUGUUUUACUUUGGGGUCAAACAGGGUUACAUUUCUCACAUUCGCUUGCCUGAGGCUUGAUACACUUUUUCUUGCUUAAUCAACCAUGGAUGUUUCUGUGAUAUUGCUCACAAUGAGCAUCCAGUUCCAAAACAUUUAAAACAUUUGAUAUUUGUGUUGUGUUCUUUGACAAGUCUAUCUAAUAAAUUACUGUAAAGUUUUUAUUAUACUGCCCCCUCCUGGUUGUUUAGUAACAUUCGUAGGUAAAGCUUAACUUCACAUCCAAGUCUAGGUAAAACUUCUGGAAGCAGUUAAUUUUGAUAAGGAUUAUUUCUUUGAUUAACCAUAAUUUGAUAAUCAAAGUGAUGUUGUUUGUGUUUUAAACAGCUCUUCUACCAGCUACAGGGAGACAUGUGUCUGAAAGUGAUUGAAAAUGGGAAACACAAGGACAUAUAUAUCAAGGAGGGAGAGGUGACUUUUACAAUCAUUUUAUUUUUAUGUAUCUAUGUUAGUAUGAAUCUGAAACUGCCUUACCUUGCUGACACUGCUGUGGAUUAAGUCAGUUUACCUCCUAUCACACACUGCUCUGUGUGACUGUGUGUUGUUCACGCAGUUUAUCUCCAACAGUCUUAGUUCAUUCAUGUCUCUCUGUUUUGCUCAGAUGUUUCUGCUGCCAGCACGCAUCCCUCACUCUCCCCAAAGACAAGCCAACACUGUGGGUCUGGUGGUUGAGAGGAGACGACUGCUGACUGAAACUGACUGUCUCAGGUGUGAUACUGUUUCUUCUGGUCUUUUGUUAUGUUAUUGUCUCUUUUGUCCCUUUUGUCAUAUGGAUUAAAUACUCACCAGAUGAUACAGGGACAAAAAGGAAUAGGGUUAUAAUAACAAGAAUUUCAACCUCAAAGUGUUGGAGAAAAAACAAAGCAGCAGAGCAUUGUUUAGACCUGCUCCUUACAGUACAACAAUGAUAGUAUUAUCUUUUACUAUUACUAUCAUUACUUGAAAAUUUGUUAUUUUAUUUAGUUUUUUUUUUUUUUUUUACUGAGCAUCGUCAUACAACAUUAUUAUUGUUAGCUAGCUGCUAGCUAAUGUCACAGGUUGGGGCAGUUUGUUGACUGACCUGUAAACACUGAAAGAAAGCUGCGUGGAUCUGUUGUGUUUUAAAACUUUCCUCUGCUCCUGCCAGACGGCAGUAGAGAGCACUAAAUGAGCUUUACCAUAUCCUGCCCAACCAGGGGGAGGCUGCCCCCUUGUGGCACUUUCGAGAAUUGAACCUAAAAACCAUUAGCUUUAUAUUGAGACUACUAUUUGUAUAAAAUAAAUGUGACAAAGUAUUGUUGUGCAUCACAGUAGAAGGCACUUGAUUAGAAGUCUGAGUAUCUUUUGCAUCUCACAGAUAAAUGAGAUGCAAUGGUUACAUUUACUGUACUGCAUAUACUGUACUGUGAAAUCGAAACACUUAAUUUUUGUUUGUGUCUUCAGGUAUCAUGUUGGGAACACUACUGAUAUUUUGUUUGAGAGGUGGUUUUACUGUGAGAACCUGGGAACACAGCUGGUACCUAUUAUUAAAGAGUGAGACCAUCAAGCAUACUGCUUAUAUAAAGAUAUUCAAAUUUAUCGAUUAGUUUAUAGAUUAAUAAAUUUAUUUAUUAAUGGGUCUGAUCAGUUUGGGGAUUUUUGUGCUCCUUCUGCAGGUUCAUGGCAUCAGAGCAGUUCAGAACAGGAAAACCUGAUCCAGGUGAGUCCUCCUUUACCUGCUAUGAUAACCAAACACAUACUGGCUGGGAGUCAGGGGUUGAGCGGGGUUGUCUUCCAGACAGAAGGUUGGCAUCAAGCCCUUGACGCAAAAGUUUACAUACCCUAAACUGGCAGCGUAAAGCUCAUACACUGAAGAGCUUGGUGCAGUUGCAGUCAAUUUUCUCUGAUGACUAAAUUUAAAUAACAUCCCCUGGCUGAUUAGUUGUGAAGUCAUUGUUGUGUGAUGAUGACAUUUGGAUGAACAGAUGAGGAGUUCAGAGAGCCUCCAUUCCAGAUGAACACCAUGAGGGUGAUGUCUCCAUUCAACUUCAAGCUGUGGUUGGACGAACAAAGACCGACUCUGACCAACAGGGGGCAGGUCGACAUGUUUGGAGAUCAGUUUGAGACACAGGUAACAGGAAAUGGGGAGAUUUACACUCCCUCUCUCUCUCUCUCUCUCUCUCUCACACACACACACACACACACACACACACACACACACACACACACACACACACACACACACACACACACACACACACACACACACACACACACAAACGCACACACAACAAUUAUCAUAUCGAAAAGUGGUAACUACGGUUUCCAACAAUACUCAGCCCUGAUCAUCUCUGUGUAAGGUUAGUUCAUGUUAUAAAGAAACACCUGUACAGGCGUUUUAAUUAAAUCUAGAGGCUAUUUCUAUGAUUCUAUGAUUCAGUUUUCAAUCUUAACUACCUCAUUUACUAAUAAUUGACUACUGUGAAAGUGCACUAGGGCCUGUUUCCACUGACAGCCUUCAGGCACUGGCAGCUCCUGUUCUCUAAUCAAACCCAGUGCAGUUUAGUGUUACCAGUACUCAUCCUCCUAUUCCCAAAACUACCAUGAGUGUGAGCUGUUAUGCGAUUAUUGCUGUGAUGACAGCGCUCUGGUUUGAAAAUUGUAAAACUUUUUGAACAACUCCACGCUUGUCAGUAUCACUUACACCUUAAUGACUGAUCAAAAUAAUGAAGAAGCGGGACUACUAAUACUAACUUAAAUGCAUAACUUAACUUACAACUUCAAUGCUAAAAAGACUAUCUUCAAGUGUGUAAUUACCAGAAACUAGCUUUUUCUAAUUAAAGUACAUGAUUCCUUUUUACUGUUUUGACUUUUUUUGUAGAAUUUCCCUGAUUUAUAGCAAAUAUGAUGUCUUUGUAUCAUGUUAAAUUAUGUAAAUAUUAAGGAUGCAGAGCGAUUUAAAACAUACAGGAAAGUGGAAGUGCUGUUUCAUGACUUUUGUUACAGUACUUACCAGCAUUAACUACCAUUUGGAAAGCACUUUGAAAUUGAUGAUAAUGAUGGACAUGAUGAAUGGUAACAUGUAUAUUUUAACAGGUAAUUGUGUUUGGUUCUGGACACACUGAGACAUCAGUGCAGCAGAGUGAUGUGUGGAUCUGGCAGACGGUAGGUUCUCUAAAUAUGUUCUCUAGUUUUCCACCAUGCUCUAAGAGCUGUUUCUCAUCACUUUGUCUGUUUCACAUGAAGUGAUUUCUCUCUCUUUCUCUUUGGUUGUUUCCUUCAGGAGGGAAACUCUACAGUGACCAUGAACCAGCAGCAGUUCGAACUCUCUGCAGGAGACAGUUUACUCAUCCCCGAACACCAACAGUGAGUCAAUAUCAAGAUUAAUGACUGACUAUUAGACUGUGUGAAAAUAACACAGUAUAAAGGUAUUUACAUUUUUACUUUCUUGACGGAUUAAAUAACUAGAGAUCAACAAAUGAAGGAAUUAUGAAACUAACAUAUCUUUUCAUAGGCUUGAAUACCCAGAUUUGGUUCAGUAUGAAGUCAAUUGAAGCAAAAUCUCUGCACAGAUUUAAAUUUGCUGCUAAUUCUUAGAGUGAUUCCAGCAGCUCUGAAUGAUGUGAUUUAAACUUUUUUAAAGCUAAAAUGUCCUUGUGUUUUUCAGGUAUGAGUGGCAGAGGGCGGAGGGGACUGUUGCUCUCUUUGUGGUCCAGAACCCUGAGAGGAAGAGACCCUGA